AUGUCUAAUAAGAUUGAAACAAGCCCCUUUGAGGAUCCCUCAAAUCCGUUCCAGGACCCUUCCAUCACAUCUGCCUUGAAUUCAACACGUGCGGUCCAGGAAGCAGCCGAAGAAGAUGUACCUUUAAACGAUUUCAACGCCACUAGUUUUCACCAUGUAUCCGAUAACCGAGAUCCCUUCAGCUCCUCUCAGACAACUCUACCCACACAGCCAAACGACUACAGCCAAAGGGAAGAGGCACUUCGACAAAAAGAGCGUGAGUUGGCAGACAGAGAACGAGAUCUGGAGCAGAGACAACGACAGACAUUGCAGCGUAGAGACAACAAUUUUCCACCAUGCUUUCCCAUCUUGUACCUCAACAUUGUGGAUGAAAUCCCCAUGCAACAUCAGACAACAGUGUUGUGGUUAUAUAGAGAAUGGCUCCUGUUUUUGAUUACACUGGUCAUGAACUUUUUCGCUUGUCUCUGGGUCUUGUUCUCGCAUCCAGCCUCAGUAACCAGUGCGCCAACAAAUAUGGGUGUGGCUUUAACCGAGCUAUUUACACAUACAUUGGCAAGCUUCUUUUUGUGGUAUCGCCCUGUUUACAAUGCCUAUAUGAAGGAUAAUUCAAUGUAUUUCUUCUUCUUUUUCAUCUUUAACGGCUUUCAUAUCUUGUAUACCUUUUACAUGGCUGUCGGCAUCCCAUCUACCGGUGGUGCUGGCUUGAUUUUGCUAGUAACGCUAUUUUCAGAGCAUUACAUUGGCCCUGCUGUCUUGACCUUGCUCGCUACCGUCUGUUGGCUCUCCAUGGGCAUUUUGGCAGUGAUUUUCUACAAAAAGACCUACGAUCACUACAAAGCAGCUGGCCACACAUUUAAUGAGGCCAAAUCCGAGGCCUACUCACACAUGGGCCGCUCCACUGUGGUGAGAGAAGCAGCUGUUAGUGCUGCUUGGAAUUCUGCUACCAAUAGAAGAUAG